CGCUGCUUGUGGCGCAGUUUUUAUUCUGCUAAGCAUUGUGCGCAUGUGUCUGCAGCGCUGAUUAAAGGAAAAAAACAACCCGAAUGCGCUUGCGCGUAUUAAAAUUAUUGAUUGGGUUUCUUGACGCAGAAUAAUUAUUUAUUUGUUAGUAUUGGAAGUUGAAACGUGAAUAAAGUCAGAAGAUGGGUUGAGUAAUUUUUUUUAAGUCAAAAAGUGUGGUGAGUUACGUAACGUUUUUUUUUGAAAGGUGACCUUGCCUGGGUGCGAUAUGGCGCAUGCGUAAAGUGAAGCGUGCUUAAAGAUGGCGGCUUCCGGGGGACCCAUGCUGCUGAGAAGUAUAAUGGGUCAUUUGGCAGUCCGAGCGGUGUUUAGAAGGCCUCUCUGGGCACAGAAAACACCCAGUGCUUUUGGUCAGCAGCAUAAACAGUUGCCUUUCCGGAUUUUCAGCACGGAGGCUGGCCAGGCAGCAUCUACAGAACUAGAUACAGAAUCACGGUUUAAAGAGAAGCCAUGGGAGUACUUGGAGUCUGAAGAAUACCUAGAAAAAUAUGGCAGCAAUCCUGUCUGGUUUGGCUACAGGCGCAAUCACAAAGGCCAGGUUCCUCCCCAGAAGACCCGGAAGACUUGCAUUGUGAGUGAAUUUAGUUUCCUGUAUGUGUCUCAGGUCUUGGUGGAAGUGUGCCUGAUGUUGGUGGAAAAGGUCCUUGCUUCAGAUCCCAGCAUGUCUGGUUAA